UUUUUUUUUUCAUUGCUUUUUUUAUUAAAAUAUUAUUUUUCCUUCUCUUUUUUUCUUUGUAAUUGUUGUUAUGACUAUGCUUACGAAGCCAAGACAAAUCAUUGAUCCUAAACCUGUUAGAACAUCUACACGUAAUAGAAAAGUUAGAGUAAAGAUACCCUUACAUGUAGAUAGUAGUAGCGAUGAAGACGAUGAGAUCAAUAUAGAAAGCGAUAGUGAUGAGGACGAAGAAUUUCAACUAAAAAAGAAAAUAAUAAAAAAACAACAAUUAACAAAGAAAAGACCUAUUAGUGAUAGUGAUGAUAAUGAUUCUGAUUACAUGAGUGAUCAAGAAGAUCAUGUUCACAAAAAAACUAGAACAGUAUUAAAAUCUAUUUCUAAUCCUUCUAUUCGCAAGCUACCUUUACCACUUUCACGAGUCAAUAAAAAUUACGAUGCAAAAGCUGUUUUAAGUCGAAAAUUUAAAGUACCUUCUAUGAUACCUAAAUCAACAGAUGGCAAGCCAGCACCUAUUUUACCACAGUCCAAUGAAUUUGGUGAAAAAAAGACAUUAGGUAUUCGAAGAAGGGCAGGCCAUAUGAUGAGAGCACUUUAUGAUCAUACAGCUGAAGAUGCUAUAGUUCUCUGGGAUCCUGACAACCAGCCUAUUCAAGAAGAGAUAAAGAUUACAACCGAUAAACCUAAAAAGAAGGGUAAAUCAUUAGCUGAAAUUCUAGGUCUUAAAAAAGAAGAAAGGAAGCUUGGACAUGUUGUAGUUGAUCCUGCUUUAGGUAGAGUACUUCGACCACAUCAGAUAGAGGGUGUCAAGUUCUUAUACCAAUGUACUACUGGUAAAGUUUAUCCUGAUGCCUAUGGUUGUAUUAUGGCAGAUGAAAUGGGAUUAGGCAAAACUCUUCAAUGUAUUACACUUGUUUGGACAUUACUUCAACAGUCAGAAGAAAUCGGUAAACCCACUGUUCAAAAGGCAAUCAUUACAUGUCCUUCAAGUCUUGUUAAAAACUGGGCAAAUGAAUUUGUUAAAUGGCUUGGUGCAACUCGUGUUCAACCUUUAACAGUGGAUAAUGGAGGAAGUAAAGAAAAAAUUGCAUCUGUCAAAAGAUGGGGAGCAAGUCAAGGCAAGAAUUCAAUCCUUAUCAUUUCCUAUGAAAGUUUAAGAGCCUAUACAAAAUACUUGCAAAAAUGUCAAAUUGGUAUUUUGUUAUGUGAUGAAGGACAUCGAUUGAAAAAUCGAGAUUCAAAACUUUUUCAAGAAUUGAACAGUUUACAAGUGCAAAGGAGAGUAAUUCUUUCGGGCACACCUAUCCAAAAUGAUUUAAGUGAAUACUAUGCUCUAUUAGACUUUGCCAAUCCUGGCUUAUUAGGAACACCAAAUGAAUUUAGACGUAACUAUGAAAACCCUAUCUUAAGAGGUAGAGAUGCUGAUGCUUCUGAAAAGGAAAGGGAAAUUAGUGAUGAAAAAGUAGCCGAAUUUUGGAAUAUUGUGUCCAAAUUUACAAUUCGAAGAACAAAUGAUAUCUUGACAAAAUAUUUACCAACUAAAUAUGAGCAUGUUGUCUUUUGCAAGUUAGCUCCUCUACAAGAAGCAUUAUAUAAUAUCUUCAUAACGUCGUCAGAAAUUAAAAAUUUGUUGAAAGGCCAAGGAUGUCAAGCAUUAAAAAAUAUUACCUUUUUAAAGAAAUUAUGUAAUCAUCCUAAUUUAUUGAAUCUUCCAGAAGAUUUAGAGGGAAGUAAAGCUGUUUUACCAUCUAAUUAUACAAAUGGUAACAAUGGUAAGAUUGAUCCUUCCUUCUCGGGUAAAUUUAUGGUGCUUGCACGUAUGCUUGCAAAGAUUAAGAAGGAAACUAAAGAUAAAAUUGUUCUUAUUAGUAAUUAUACACAAACUUUAGAUUUAUUUGAAACCUAUUGUAAACAGAAUCAAUAUGGUGUACUUCGUUUGGAUGGUUCAAUGAAUAUUACAAAACGACAAAAGCUUGUAGAUCAAUUCAAUAAUCCUGAAGGAGAAGAAUUUGUAUUUCUUUUGAGUAGUAAAGCAGGUGGUUGUGGUUUGAACUUAAUUGGUGCUAAUCGUCUUGUAUUAUUUGAUCCUGAUUGGAACCCUGCAGCAGAUCAACAAGCUUUAGCACGUGUCUGGAGAGAUGGGCAAAAGAAGGAUUGUUUUAUUUAUCGUUUUAUUGCCACAGGUACAAUUGAAGAAAAGAUCUUUCAACGUCAAUCUCAUAAACAAUCACUGUCAAAUUGUGUUGUUGAUGAAGCUGAUAUGGAAAGACAUUUCUCUGUAGCUGAUAUGCGACAACUUUUUACAUUACAUACUAAAAGUGAUAGUGAGACACAUGAUACAUUUAAAUGCAAGCGCUGUAUUCAAGGUAAGCAGCAUACGCCUGCAGAAACUAUGAGUUAUGGUGAUUCUAGUACAUGGAAUCACUAUGAUAAAGAUUUACGACGUUUACCAGAUCCUAUCCUGAUUUCAGAAGCACAAAAAGGAAUUGUUUCUUAUGUAUUUCAAUAUAUUUCUCAUAUGAAAUAAUUAUAUCACUUAUAUAUCUGCUGUUAAUAAUUUGUAUAUAUAAAGCAACACACAUAAUCAUUACUUACAUAUAAUAAUAUCGCACACUUAAUAUUAUAAAAAAGCAUAAAAUAAAUAAAAAAUGUACAGAAAGAAAAGCCAGGGAUAUAGUUUUAUCCUAUAGUGUAU